CCUCAUUCGCACAAACUAAAACUCAAAUUUCCGGUCACUAAGGUCUCAAAUUCCAAACUGUAUAAUCCAACGACUGUUGGUACUGGUGGUAGAGGGUGCCAACUAGACAAGGAAAAUCGACCAUCAAAAUCUCACAACCAAUGAGAAUUAAGAUGUUGAUUUUCUAGGAUAAGGGCACUGAUCUAUAUAGGCCAUGAAGUCAGUCACAACCACCCAUCAUCCUCUCUUCCCUCAACUGUUUUUUCCUUCUACUUGAAUCACAUUAGUUUUGCAAUGGCUGCUUCCAUGGCUCUCUCUUCACCAACCUUCGCCGGCAAAGCCGUACAACUUUCCCCUGGAGCCACCGAGCUUUUCGGAAACGGAAGAGUGUCCAUGAGGAAAACUGCUACCAAACAAGUUUCCUCUGGCAGCCCUUGGUAUGGCCCUGACAGAGUCAAAUACUUGGGCCCAUUCUCCGGUGAACCCCCAAGCUACCUCAAGGGCGAGUUCCCCGGUGACUACGGCUGGGACACCGCUGGACUCUCAGCUGACCCAGAGACCUUCGCCAAGAACCGUGAGCUCGAAGUGAUCCACUCCAGAUGGGCCAUGCUCGGAGCUCUUGGAUGCGUUUUCCCCGAGCUCUUGUCCCGCAACGGUGUCAAGUUCGGCGAGGCUGUGUGGUUCAAGGCCGGAGCCCAGAUCUUCAGCGAGGGCGGUCUCGACUACUUGGGAAACCCUAGCUUGGUCCAUGCACAGAGCAUCUUGGCCAUCUGGGCUACCCAAGUUGUGUUGAUGGGAGCAGUUGAGGGAUACAGAAUUGCCGGCGGACCCCUCGGAGAGGUGACCGACCCCCUUUACCCCGGCGGAAGCUUCGACCCCUUGGGCCUUGCUGACGACCCAGAAGCCUUUGCCGAGCUCAAGGUGAAGGAGCUCAAGAAUGGAAGGUUGGCCAUGUUCUCCAUGUUCGGAUUCUUUGUCCAGGCCAUCGUCACCGGAAAGGGACCUUUGGAGAACCUUGCCGACCACCUCGCCGACCCAGUCGCCAACAAUGCCUGGAACUACGCCACAAACUUUGUUCCCGGAAAGUGAGAGCUCAGGAGUUGUUUUGUACUUUUGUUUGUAUUGUUGUCGGUGAUGUAAAUUUGGUACCAAGUAAUAUGGACAACAAUAAUUUGAACUA